CUUAUCCCAUCUCUCCAUUCCCUCUCUUGAGAAAUCCGGCUCCAAGACAAGGUUUCAUAACAUUAGAAAUGGCAGCAACGCCGGCUUUGAUGGGACCGAGCUUCGACGUGGACAAACUGAGUUACGAGAUCUUCUCCAUUUUGGAGAGCAAGUUCCUCUUUGGCUAUGACGACCCCAAGCUCUUCCUCGCUACCACCCCGCCGAAGACGCCGGCAAAGACCCCUAGGUGCCGAGUCCGGAUACUCUCCAUCGACGGCGGUGGCCGCGCCUCCGACGGCCUCCUCGCCGGUACCGCCCUCGCCCGCCUCGAGACCUCCCUCCGCAAGCGCUCCGGCGACCCCUCCGCGCGGAUCGCGGACUUCUUCGACGUCGCCGCGGGAUCCGGCUCCGGCGGCGUCCUCGCCGCCAUGCUCUUCACCCGCGGCCCCGACGGCCGCCCCCUGUUCUCCGCCGCCGAGGCUCUCCAGUUCCUCGCCAAGAACCGCGCCGCAUUCGCCCCCAAGAAGGGGCUCCUCCGCGGAAUAUUCCGGAAACCCGGGGCGAUAUUCCGGCGCAUCUUCUCCGACGCGACGCUGCGCGACACCGUGAAGCCGGUGCUCAUCCCGUGCUACGAUCUGGCAACGGGGGCGCCGUUCCUGUUCUCGAGGGCGGACGCUGCGGAGACGGACGGCUACGAUUUCCGGAUGCGAGAUGUGUGCGCAGCCACGUGCGCCGACCCCACGGCGGCGGGGACGGCGCCGGUGGAGAUGAAGUCGGUGGAUGGGCGGACGAGGAUCCUUGCCGUCGGCGGCGGGGUGGCGAUGGGGAACCCCACGGCGGCGGCGAUCACGCACGUGCUGAACAACAAGCAGGAGUUCCCCUUCGCCGCCGGGGUGGAGGACCUGCUGGUGGUGUCGCUGGGGAGCGGAGAGGUCCAGGCCGCCGGAGGUAAUGGCGGGGCGGCGGAGCUGGUGAGGAUCGCCGGGGAGGGUGUGGCUGACAUGGUGGAUCAAGCGGUGGCAAUGGCGUUCGGACAUAACAGGACAAGCAACUAUGUCCGCAUACAGGCACAUGGUUUCAAUUCUGGAAGACAUCACACAUCUAAGAUUACUGGCACAAUGGAUGCGAGGAAAUUGUUAGGAGCAGCGGAGGAAAUGUUGGCACAGAAAAAUAUGGAAUCAGUUUUGUUUAGAGGGAGGAAGAUGUCGGAGCAAGCCAAUGGUGAGAAGCUGGAAUCAUUUGCCAGUGAAUUGAUCAAAGAGGACGAGAAAAGAAAAAAGAGUCCAAUUCCAAUAGUUAUAUUGAAGCAAGUGAUGACACCAAGAACAUCAUCAGCAACAACAUCCACAAUUACUACUACUACCACGACGUCUGCACGAACAUCGACAUGUCCAUCCCACUAAUUUUGAUUUUGGAUUGACUGAGGCUUAUGACUAUGCUCUCAAAUGAAAAGAAAAUAGUCAGAUGGUAGGAGGAUGAGAAUUGAUAUUUAAUUGCAGUGUGAAUUGGGGUAUAAUUGAUUGUGUACAUUUAGUUCACUGGAAUGAUGAUGGAUUGCUAAA